AUGUGUGGUAUUCCGUUUAACGAUAUUGACCGACGUGAUGAACGUCAAUUCAGUCGUCCGCUGGUGAUCUUGAGUCGUGUCGACCGUAUCAACUCUACUAUAAAUAACAACCGACCAACUUUAAUUUAUUCAUCAUCAAAGAAUCACAAGAUUAUCGUUGCCGAGGACAGACAAAAGCAUCAAGCUGUUGGGGCCUAUGCAUGUAAUAUCAAAGAUGUUUUUGAAUGUGGUGAAAAAAAGACAUUGUACUCAACAUCCUCGUUGCAUCUACAUCAUAGAAUAAUGCAACUGGAAACAAUUGAAAUAUCUCCACAAUAUGAUCAAUGUCAAAUAACUUGGAAGGUAUCUAGUCCAGUCAAAGUUAAUCCAUUGCCAUCCAAUUGUUCACAAAUUAGAUUUAUGAAAAUGAUCGAGAAUCAAGAUAAUGCAUUCCAACAAUAA